AUGUCGUUGCCGGAGAUGGCUGCAGCGGCGGCGGCCGCAGCCGCCGCCCAUCACCAUCAGCAGCAACAGCAGCAGCAGCAGUUUGGAAAAUCGCCCAUUUUUGCGCCGGGUUUUCCACAGCUUUCCGCAGCUGCAGCGGCCGCUGCACUGCUGCACCAGCAGCAGCACUCAGUGGGAAGUGAGGAUCAGGCAGCAGCAGCAACGGCAGAUGAUAACUCUACUGAUGAUGGAGAAACGAGUGAGAAAAGACUUGGGACUCACAGUUUCAGUGGAAGUUUCAAGGCUGAAAAUGAUGGGGACGAAGAUGAAGAGCACGAGGAAGAGGACGAUGCAGAAGCAGAUGAGGAGCAGGCAAGUGACCUGACGACGACUCCUACAGUAACUCCCACCAAAAGCAAGCAAAAGAAAUCCUCCCAUUCGGUGGUAAAACAGGAGAAUCAUUCUGCCGACGAUGACGAAAACGAUGAGGAGGAGAACAACGACGCCGAUCCUAGUUCAGAGGUGAAAGACGACUCUGAACCUCAACCGCAGCAGCAGCCAACCAAUUCGAACGCUGACAACAACAACACCACCACCAUUGCCAGCGACACUGAGGAGGAGGAGGUGAAACAGGAGCAGCCUUUGCCGCUGAUGCAGCCGCAGACACCUCCGAAGCCAAAGAAGAAAGGAUUCAGCUUUGCGAGCCUCAGCAGCAGCGUCAGCAGCAGCCCCGAGGGGAACCAGGUGAUCAAGCCGAGCCACAGCACCUCCUCCUCCUCCGAGGACGAAGGACCAACGCCGUCGUCCCUUCAGCACCACCACCACCACCACCCGCUGAGCACCCUGAGCGCCCUGGAGAACCACGUCCUGAAGUCCAUCUCUCAGGUGAGCCCACGCGGCAAUGGCGGCGGCGGCGCAGCAGCAGCAGCAGCAGCAGCGAUGGCGGCAAUGACCUCUGGAGAUCAAUCGAAAUCGGCGGCCUUGUUCGUGUCUACCACCAACUCUGCUGCUGGCAGCUGUUCAAGCGCUCUCGAUUUGACUCCCAAAGGCAGUGGCGGCAACUGCGGCGGCGGCGGCGGCGGCGGCAGCACCUUCAGCCCUCAGGCCGACUCCAAUUCACAGUCUUCUUUGGCUAGUAACAACGGCGAUGGACUUUCCUGCAGCAGCCAUUCAGCGGCCACCUCUCCCUUUGGAAUGGUGGGCGGAGGACCCGGUGGAUUUCCGGCCGGCUUCCACCCGACCGGCCGCCCGAACACCACCUGUCGCAUCUGCUGCAAGACCUUCGCCUGCUACUCCGCGCUGGAGAUUCACAUCCGCUCGCACACCAAGGAGCGCCCCUUCAAGUGCGAGGUCUGCGACCGGGGCUUCUCCACCAAGGGCAACAUGAAGCAGCACAUGCUGACGCACAAGAUUCGCGACCUCCCGCCCGAUCUGUACAGCACCGUCUCCUCGCCCGCGAACACCACGCUGGGCAACUUUCUGACCAGCAGCAGCAUCAGCAAGAUACUGCGCAGUAGGCCGCAGGGUAAUGCCGCAAACACGGCCACCACCACCACCACCACCUCCUCGAACAACUCCAACUGCAGCAGCCGAGUGUCCAGUCCGCAGACGCCCAACGGGCACUCGUGCCACAAUUCGAGCAACUCCCACGACUCCACUGAUAAGAUGGUGGCCCUCAGCUUGGCGGCUGCGGUGGCCAAUUCGGGUAAUAAUGGUGGUAGUGGAAGCCUUGGCCUUGCCGCCCACUCGCCGCCCACCACCGCUGACAGCACUCAGCACAGCAGCAGCAACACCUCCUCCUCUUCUCAGCCUCCCUCUCGAGCGCCGGUUGAACGCUCCAGUUCCGCCGCUGCUUCCGGUUCCGCCGUUGCCUCUGGUUCUGCUGCCUCUGGUUCCACUGGUUCGAGCGGUAAUAACAAGCACAUGUGCUUCAUCUGCAACAAGCCCUUCUCCAGCGGGUCGGCGCUUCAGGUAGGAAAAAAAGUUGAUAAGGAGAGACAUUAG